AUGGAAACAGGCGUUGAUUCACAAACAAAAAGUCAAGCUUUUCAAUUACAUACUGCAGCAACUAAACCAAAUUUUAUAGUUUGUUUAUUCAUAAUGGCAACAUUUUCAGCUCAACUAGAACCAAUAACUAAUGCAUUACAAGCAGUACAAUUGGAUUUAUCUCAAGCUAGAAAAUAUAUUAGUGAAAUUAUUGAAAUUUUUAACAACCUAGAUGCAAAAAAAUAUUUUCAUGAGAUUUUUAAAAAGGCUCAAGAUGUUGCAAUUAAGCUUGGAGAAAAAAUAAAAAUUCCUCUUAUUGUUUCUAAUCAAAAUCAUCUUUCUAAUCAUCCAAUAAAUACUCCUGAAGAUUAUUUUAGAGUCUCCUUAUAUCAACCAUAUGUAGAUUCCUUAAUAAUGCAAUUAAAACUAAGAUUUUCUAAUGAAAACAGUGCUGCUCAUUCCUUAUUAAAUUUACACCCAAAUAAUAUGAAAAAAAUUCAGUAUGAUCAAUUUUUAAGCAUGAUAGUUGAAAUAAAUAAUUUUUAUGAAAUUGAUAGUUUGGCUGAAGAGGGUAAGUUGUGGUAUAAUGUGUGGAAAAAUAGAAACACCAGUCAAAAUGAAACUAAAAAUAUAAGUUUUAUAAGUCUUUUAGAUGAAACAAAUUUAUAUCCAACAAUUCAUACUGCUCUAACUAUUGCAUUAACUCUACCAGUUACUACUUGUUCAGUAGAAAGAACUUUUAGUACACUGCGUAGAGUAAAAACUUGGACUAGAAAUAGUAUUGGCGAUAAUCGCCUUAAUGGAUUAUGCAUGAUAGCUGUACAUAAAGAGUUUGUCAUAAAUCAUAAAUUGGAAUUAAUAGAAGAAAUUAUAAAUGAGUUUAGUCUACUACCACGUAGAAUGGAACUAUUAUUCAAAGAUUGA